GAGCGGUGGGCGUGGCUGAGGAAAGAUGGCGGCGCCCGCGGCUCCCUCCGAGUCCCAGGCUACCGGGGCUCCUGCGCCCCCCGUGUGUCUGUUGGUGUUGGGAAUGGCGGGAUCAGGGAAAACUACCUUUGUACAGAGGCUCACAGGACACCUGCACAACAAAGGCUGUCCGCCAUAUGUAAUUAACCUGGACCCAGCUGUGCAUGAAGUCCCCUUUCCCGCCAAUAUUGAUAUUCGUGACACAGUGAAAUAUAAAGAAGUCAUGAAGCAAUAUGGACUUGGGCCAAACGGAGGUAUAGUAACCUCACUCAACCUCUUUGCUACCAGAUUUGAUCAGGUGAUGAAAUUUAUUGAGAAGGCCCAGAGCACAUUCAAAUAUGUCUUGAUUGACACACCCGGACAGAUUGAAGUAUUUACCUGGUCAGCUUCGGGGACAAUCAUCACUGAGGCCCUGGCUUCAUCAUUUCCAACAGUAGUCAUCUAUGUCAUGGAUACAUCACGGAGCACUAACCCAGUGACCUUCAUGUCCAAUAUGCUUUACGCAUGCAGCAUCUUGUACAAAACCAAGCUGCCUUUCAUUGUGGUCAUGAACAAAACCGACAUCAUUGACCAUAGCUUUGCCGUGGAGUGGAUGCAGGAUUUUGAGGCUUUCCAGGAUGCCUUGAACCAAGAGACUACCUAUGUCAGCAACCUGACUCGUUCCAUGAGCCUGGUGUUAGAUGAGUUCUACAGCUCACUCAGGGUGGUGGGUGUGUCUGCUGUGGUGGGCACUGGCUUCGAUGAACUCUGUGCUCAGGUCACCAGUGCUGCAGAGGAGUAUGAAAGGGAAUAUCGUCCUGAAUACGAGCGUCUGAAGAAAUCACUGGCAAGCGCCCAGAGUAAUCAGCAGAAGGAACAACUGGAGUGUCUGCGGAAGGAUAUGGGCUCCGUAGCCCUGGACCCAGGGGCCCGCAAAGGCAAUGCAUCUCCUGUGCUGGAACCUUCUGACUUGAUCCUGACUCGAGGAACCUUGGAUGAGGAGGAUGAAGAAGCUGACAGUGACACAGAUGACAUUGACCACAGAGGUGAGAGGCAGCCGGUGGACAUAACAGCUGCCCCAUCCGCUCAGGAGAUAGUUAUUGUUGCGAGGAGAUCCUGAGCAAAUGGCCAGA